ACAAAAUCAUUCCAUCACACAAAAUCAUUUCUAACGGUUAAGGAUCGGAGUUCAACUUUUCCGAUCAGAAAAUGGAGGCGACUCCCUCUAAUCCUACUCAUAACAUCAUCUCCACCGCUCCCGCUGCCGCAAUCAGUAUGAACGCCUCCGUCGCCAGCCACCGCAAUCCGCUAAGAGUUGACUGGCCGACGGUCGACGGACCACUGGGUUUAACAGAGCAAGACUCCGUCGAUUACGCGCGUAGAUUCUUCAAUUUCGGGUUUUUACUCCUCCCUUGGCUUUGGGCUGUCAAUUGCUUCUACUUUUGGCCUGUCCUUCGUCGGCCCAACUCCCAUUAUCAACCCGAGCUCCGUCGCUAUGUUGUCAGGUCAGCAAUUGGUUUCGCGGUGUUUGCUGUUCUUCUCUCAACUUGGGCUCUUACCUUCUCCAUUGGAGGAGAGCGUCUAUUUGGUCAUGCUUGGGACAAGCUAGUAAUGUACAACGUUGCUGAAAAAUAUGGUUUAACGGGGUGGAUCUAGUUAGACAGUUACUAUGAUACUAUUAAGGAGUGAUGAAACCAGAAAAGAGAUGCACCUUUUGAACUCAUUGUAUGCAAAACCCAAAGAUGGAUUGGAAGUAGUCAUUUUGCUCUCUCGCUCUCUCUCUCUCACUCACACACACAGGUAUUAUAACUGUAGAUGGAAUCAUAAUAAUGUGAAUUAAGGGACAUGAGAUUUUGUAUUGUA